AUGCAGCACAGUUUGGAAGCAACUAGGGCGCGGGUUGGCAAUUCGGAGUUAAGCUCGGCGGUGCCAUCUUCGAGGCUGGGCCAGUGUCUGAGACGGUCCAUUGUGGGCGGAGCCAAGAGCUCUGACUCCGGCCUCUUCGAGCCAGCCUCACGGACUCGAACUUGGCCCACUUCUUCAAAGUACGCGCUUCUGCCCUCUCGGCUACUGCUGCUGCUGAUGAUGCUGAUGACGCUGAAGAUGACGAGGAGGGUGAUGCCCUUGGCCGCCUGCCUCUCCGACUCGACAUGCUUGUCUCUAACUGCGGUGCGUCCGUCUGUCCGUCUGCAUGUCGGCUCGUCCACCAGCGCCCGGUGGGCCGGAGGCGAAUUCCGCGAGCCCGGUGACUCUACAAGCCUGCUGGCCGGCAGCCCCGGUAACAACCUGUCCAAACCGACGGGGAAGGCGAGUGCCUGUGUAAUCGAGCCGAAAAUCUCCUAUCCCGGACAUGCUGUUGUAAUCGAAGCCCGUACCUCCACUCAACCACAGAUUCGGACGACCCGCCCGCUCUGCGAGACUCCUCCCCUCUCAGCCGGUACUCCUUCCUUCGGGCCAUCUGACCCUCAGUUUGACCACAACUACUGA